AUGUUAGUACAAAGGAAAGAAACUGAGGGGUCUGCAACAUACGCUGAAGCACUUCUCGGAUGCCAACCCAGUACGAGUACUUGUGCUCCUGAAAAUGGUCAUCAUAAGGACUGCCACAGUUUCUGCAAACGAAUUCGGAGCCUUACACCUGAAAUUCUCACCGCUCCAACGGAAAAUUGUUAUGAUCCUGUCACAGGCAGACGUCGAGCUGCCGAGCGUGUUCCUUUUGAUCAGGAAACGAGGGAUGUCAUGAAGAAUGUGCGGGAGUUCUUUGAAGAGCUCAAGAGGGAAUUGGGGAGUUCUUGUAACGGAACUGUCUUCAAUCACCCAGUGCAAAUGACGGCGUUAGCUUGUGGUGUGUCACUUGGCACAGCAUACCGACUGAAGCCAAGCCAACCUCCACAAAAAUCAAGUGAUGAUGAAGCUACACCACCACCUCCUCCUCCGCCUCCUCGAAAACUUACCAAAGAAGAAGAAGCUAGAAAAGCUCUAUUAGAACAAAACUGUGAGCAAAUGCGUAUACUUGUGAUGAAAAAAUAUGGCAAAGAGUGGAGUGAUAUUGUUCGCUAUUUUGUUCUUGAAGAAUUGAAGCAGAAUGAGAAUUUGACAGUUCUCGAACUACACAAUAAGCUUGUUUGGGCAUACGCUGACUUUCCAAUGCCUGCGCCAACGUUGUACGCUUUUUUGAAAGGUUUAGGUUUUACAUACAGAGUAGAAGGGAGCAAAAGCAUUGUUGUGAAACCGAUUGUGGCCAAGGACACAACUUGCACGAUUCCGGUUACCACACUUCGCAUGACGGCUGUUCAUAAUUCUCAGUAG